AUGGCGUCCGACACGCCAGAUUACAUCAAAUUAACGAAACCAAUUGGCAGUAAAUCGGGUGUCUGGGACACUUCUGGACUCCCGAUGUCUGAUUCUGCGAGAAAAUUUUAUUGCUGCUUUAACUGUCCUCGAAGAGUGCGGCAAAAAGACAGACACAGUAUUCCAAAGAAAUGUAGGUCAGUCAUAUCAAAGCUGUCUGGAAGGACACCCUCCGACAGGGAUUUCCUUUGCAAUAAAUGCAAAUGUAUGUGCUACUACUACCUGAAAAAAAAGCACCCCAAUUAUCCCAGACCACAAAACCAUGGUAGGACAGAACAGUCAUCAGCAUCCCCUGCACCUCCAUUUAGCCCACCAUCGGUAACACUGCCUUUUCCAUGCACAUCAAGGGGCCAUGCAAUGUGUUGCAUCUGUAAACGACCAGGACCCAAGCUAGUCGUAGUUCCAGUUGACGUAAGGCACCGCAUUUUUAUUUCAAAGGAGGUUAUCAUCCCAGCUGGUUCUCGUUGCUGCCCUAAGCAUCUUCAAGAAAGCAUCCAAAAUCUUAAUCCUGUUGCUGAAACCACUACCUUCAAUAAAACGUCAAUUUUUCAGCUUAUAAAGUUUUUACGGUCUGAAGUCAUGCGAAGUGAGAAAACUAGACUAGAUUUCAACAACAGCGAAAGUCUUACCGACACUGAAUAUGUAGAUCUCCUUGGAAUUUCUAAAGCUGCAUUUCAAGACUUGUUGAUGUAUGUUGAGGAAAGGAAAGUCAGAUCAACUCCAGCACGAAGCGUACGAACUAGCCUUGCCAUAUUCUUGAUGAAGCUCAGGGGAGGAGAUUCAAAUCGCAUUCUCUCUACCUUAUUCAAUGUGUCCAAGUCCAGUGUACAUAUGGCUAUGAAAUCAAUUAGAACAGCUUUGAUGAAUGGCAGAUUUGUAACAGAGAAUCUUGGAUUUGGUCAUAUAACAAGAGAAAAAGUCAUCAAUUCACAUACGCGACCAUUAGCACAGUCCCUUUUUGGUGAUGUAGGAACCCAGCAGGCCAUACUUGUCCUUGACGGAACAUAUAUCUACAUUAAUAAAAGUGGUAACUUUAAGUUCCAGCGACAGUCCUUCAGUCUUCACAAGGGUAGGCCGCUAGUAAAACCUCUAGUUAUUGUGUCCACCACUGGUUACUUUGUUUCUGUGAUGGGCCCUUACAUCGCCAAAAACAAUGAUGCCACCAUUCUCAACCACGUCAUGAAGACAAAUAUUGAGGACAUCUGCAACUGGGUCAGAGAGGACGACAUCUUCGUCAUUGAUAGAGGAUUUAGAGAUUCCCUGGACUACCUCGAGCAGAUGGGUAUCAAGGCAAAGAUGCCGUCCUUCAUGGUUAAAGGCGAAAAACAGAUGGGGACUGAAAAUGCAAACACCAGUAAAUUAGUGACAAAGAUACGCUGGGUGGUUGAAUCUGCAAAUGCUCGGAUAAAGCAAUGGCAUUAUUUGGGGAAAAUACUUCCAUCAAGCCAAAUACCACAUAUUGGUGACUUUGUCCGGAUUGUGUGUGCAAUAUCCAACAGGUACUUGAAACCACUUUCUACUGGUGAUACUGAAGAGGAUCUUGCUCUUGGUUCCAAGAUGCUUUACCUCUCCAAACAGGUAAAUUCUCUGCAGCAACAUGUGGAAGAAAAUCACCUGGAUCGCAGAACAGCUUGCUGGGAAGAUAUUGGUGAUCUGAAUGACUUCCCCUGCCUGGAUGAAGACCAGCUAACAUCGCUCACCUGUGGCACAUACCAGCUCAGAUUAUCCCCAUGUUAUGCCCAGGAACAUAUUGAGGGGGACUGCUCCAUACUAGUCCAUAAGGAGGAUCCAGGGCUUCUACGUGUUAGAUUGCAGAGUCGACACGUCUCUUCAAAAUCUUACUUGUUGUGGGUGAAGUAUGAAGCUGGUGAGAUCACUGGGUGGUAUUGCAAAUGCAGGGCAGGUGCUCGAGUAGUGGGCAUGUGUGCACAUGUGGCUGCCAUAUUAUGGUAUGUUGGAUAUGCCCGUCAUCAAAGGGAGGGACGACUGGGUGUAAGAGACUGGGGGGAGUUUCUUGAUGAUGCUACUCUGGUCGACGAUUCAGACGAGUCCAGUGACAGUGAAGAGAGUGGCCCAGAGGAAUUAACUGACACUGCUUUAUCCUGA